UUUAAGGCUACGGCCAAGGAUUUCGUCGUUUGCCUCGUUUUCGUCGCUUUCGUCGUUUCUCGAGCGUUUCUUCGAACGCUUCCUCGAACCCAUCUCCGAGCAGCUUUUAAUCGGAUUCCAGUGACUACUCAAGUUGUGAUAAUUGGUCAACGAUGAAGCCAUCAAUUUGAGCCAUUCAAGGUGCCAACGCUAGCUAGUAUCAGUGGAAAGCUGCCGGCGGUCUACGCUUCCCCUUUUAAUGAAAGUGUACAAAUCAUCAAGUAGUGUGCCAAACUGUCAUCGCAAAAGUGGUUAAUUCUCAUGGCAGCACGGAAACUCGCAGCCCUCUUCACCGCAGUUCUGCAUCUUUGCUUAUGUCAGAUAACUCCAGAGCCAUUGCCAGAAUUUUUAGCUCCUUUGGAGAAUCACACAGUGAUCCAGGGCCGUGACGUCUUCUUCACUUGCGUCGUCAAUAAUUUACAUUCAUACAAGGUAGCUUGGAUGAAAUCCGAUUCUCGAGCAAUCUUGGCGAUACAUACACAUUUAAUAGCGCAUAAUCCACGGCUCUCAGUUACACAUAAUGGGCACAAUACGUGGAAGUUACAUGUGUCAAAUGUUCAAAAAAAUGAUUCCGGUGCUUAUAUGUGCCAAAUAAACACCGAACCUAUGCAAAGUCAGAACGGUUACAUGGAAGUGGUAAUACCACCGGAUAUAAUGGACGAUAAAUCUGCCGAGGGUAUGGUAACUCACGAAGGUGGUGAAAUAAGGUUGAAAUGUGUUGCAACUGGCUCACCGCAGCCUACUGUCACAUGGAAACGAGAAGAUGGCCGGAACAUUAUUCUUCGCGAAGAUGGACAGAAACAAUCGUUAAAAACUUAUGUGGGUGAAACGCUAGAAUUGACUGGAGUUCUUCGACAAGAAAUGGGCACUUAUCUUUGCAUAGCCAGCAACAAUGUGCCUCCGACAGUCAGCAAACGUUACUCUGUACAAGUUCACUUUCCACCUGUUAUAAAAGUAACAAAUCAGCUAGUAGCAGCACCGGUCGAGAGUGAUGUUGUUCUUCAAUGCCAGGUAGAAGCUUCGCCACAAGCAUUAAAUACUUGGCAUCAAAAUACUGGUGAAAAGCUGCUGCCCAGUGAAAAAUAUAAAAUGUCAGAAUACGCGUUGAACGAUUACUCUUGGCAGAUGAAUCUUACUGUCAAUUCUCUGGAAAAAAGGGACUUUGGAGAAUACGUUUGCUCGUCCGUAAACGCUCUUGGAAAAGCCGAUGGUAUCGUUCAUUUACAAGAAUUACAUCUUGUUGCGAAAACAACUCCCAGUCCUUUUGUGAAAAUCACCGAUCAGAAACCAUCGAGAAAGAAACCUAUACUAAAAGGGAGAAAGAAGAACAGCAACAGCAACGGCAGAAGAAUCCAUAUGGGCAGCUUCGACGAUUUCGAUUCCUCUGGAAACGACGACGAUUUCAGUACUACGCAAAUCAUGGGUGGUAGCACACUUCAGGAAGGCCACAGAACAGAAAGGCCAUUGAUAUCGCCAUCGCUACCCCCACCUUGGGUGAAUAUAAACACAGCCAAUUGCAGGCAUCAUUUAGUACCGAUCACGCUAUUCUUUCCGUUAUUCAUCUUAACUAUGAUAUUUGUUCCUUAAAAUAUACAUUCUUACGAAAAAAAGUUUAACAACGAAAUUCAUGCAGAUAAGAUUGGAAAUGAUACGGGAAUACUAUAGAGAAUAAUAAAUAUAUUUAAUUCGUUCUUCGUAGCACGAGACUAUGAAAAAAUGCUUGUAUUAAAAUAAAAAAUGUGGUAUUGCUUUUUACGAUUGGUACAUGUGACGGAGAGAAAACAAUUUAUAUAAUAAGUAUAAUAGGUAUAAAAUUUUAUUCAUGUUACGUGACAACAAUAAUCCGACUUCGAACGAUAGCACAAUUUAUGUUUAUCCAAGAAUUAUAGCAAAAGAAACAUAAGAACUAAAUGAGUAAGUUCUAUGACAAAUUUUAUUAUCGAUUCUAAAGGAAAACUAAUAUUUUUAAUAUGACAAUUUUAUACUAAAAGACACAAGAAUUGAAACAAUUAUCUAGAAUUCUGUAUUGAAAUUUUAAAAAGUUUCUUCUUAACUAUCCAAAAAAUAACAAUCAUUAAUAAAAAAAAUCUGUAAAUUAUUCGUGCUGUAUCUUAAUCUGGAAUACUGAUGAACGUUUCUAACGCAUAAAACAUACAAAACGUUAUGUAAUGAAUAAUGAAUAUACAUAUAGUACGUAAACAUAUAAUGGUACAAGUUACAAAGUACGUGUGCAAUAAUUACAAGGAUGUUAUAAAU